AUGGCGCUAUCGGAACCCAACCCCUUCUUGGAUCUCUCAGAGGAAGCCGCUGAACAGGCCAGCCCGAUGCGGGCCUUGUUGGAAGGCUCGGGCAUCCCGGAGUCUCUUUGGAAAGAUGAAUUCUUAGAUGGCCUCACGUACCCAUCUCAGCCAUCCGAUCUGUUGGUAAAGGCCAGGAUUCGCCUCUUGUGGCGGAAAUGCCAAAAGUCGGGGGCACCCUUGCAACAUGAUCCUCCCAAGCCCAAUCCCGUGGGGAGCACAGGUGCGCUUGCCGAUCAGGCCUCAUGGUCUGAGGCAUUCCCGAAGCGUCUCAGUGGCGAGGCAGUCCGCCAAAUGAUAAAGGCUUUCAGUGAGAAGUACCCUUCGGAACCAUUAAGCCCCGAGAUAAUGCCAUCACCACGACUUCUGUCAUUGGUUCAUCAGCAAUUGCAGGAUCGCCGUUGGCGAUGGAUACCGUGGAAGUUGCGGUUGUCAGAAGAACAAUAUGACUCUAAGUCUCUUGAGCGUUCCCUUAAGGCCCCACGGCUUGAAAAUCUGUUGUGGGAAGAGAUACCCAGCAGAGAGUUGCCCACACAGGGCAUGGCUAAGAGUGUUAUGGCAGAACUGCUUCAUUUGCAGGCAGUGGCGAUUGCGCUAGCAGACGGCGCCCAUCUCUACACCCUGCGGGAGAUGAACCGUAAAUUUCUUGUCAAGUGUUUCGAUCAUUUGCCUCGGGAUGGGGGGUUGCGAGUUCCAAACAGAUUGGAGGCCGAGAACGCAGAGAAACAGCUUUGGCAACAGAUCGCGGUCUUGUUCAAUGAAGAGAACUGGACGAUGGAUCAGGCAAUACGCGAGGUUGUCGUGGCUCGCAACGAGCUUCACGUUCUGCUCAUGCCGAGGGCCGUCGCACCAAAAAUUCCAUGGCAACCGUGGACGCCGCAUCGCAUCAAAGGCGAUGGCAAGCAGGGGAACCUCGGCAAGGGUGGCAAAGGGGAUAAGGGCAAUAAGGGCGGUUCUAAGGAUGGCAAAGGUUCUCAGCGUCAUACCUUGAUGAUCAAUGGCCUGCGAGUGGGUACCUCAUGGAUGCAAGGCAAGAACAAACGCCUUCUGUGUUCCGGGUUUCAGCAGGGCAAGUGUACUCGCGAGCAGUGCAAGUUUGAACAUGUGUGUGGGGCGGGGUGCAUGUCUCAGCCCCUGGUGUCGCCCCAAUCGGGCGUUGUUCUUGCGGACGAAGACAUGUCGGUCUUACAUGCGGCUGAGGCAUGUGAACCCAUGCACACUGGCCACACUGUUUGCUUUGAGCCACAAUCUGAUGCUGAGGAGUCCAAUUUUGUUUUCUCUGGUUUUCCACAAUGUGCUUCGUCAGGUAGUGCCCUGACCACGUUUUCUGAAGUCCCACCGGGGCACGCAGCAGUGGAUGCUCCGAGCCCUGUGUUGAAUGCCACAUGUGCCGCCGUGGCAGACCCGUCGUCGGCCGUUUCAGCUGCAUGUGACACAAUCUUGAGCAUUUUGCAAUCUGUGGAUUGGCCGCCGUGCCAUACAGCAAGGGCUGUCUUGCAACCGCGUGACAAUGAUGACACCGGUUACUGGAAUUUUGGGGUUAGGCCCUCAGAACCCACUGUCCUUACUUCCAUCACCCAAGAUAAACCCAACAUAGUUCGCCGUUUGAAUGCCUUGUUUAAGGUUCUUUGGCCGGAUCAUUUUUGGAAUGCGAUUUGUAUAAAUCUCAACCGUGUAGCUAGCCUUCACCAGGACUUAGCAAACAGUGAGGGCUCCAUGAAUUUGAACGUCUCCGUUGGGGACUUUCAGGGGGGUGCUUUGUGGCUGGAAUCAGCAACAGGCACUUUGUGGCGCCAGCCACCAGGUAGCCAGCACUGGGUGAAGGGCGAAGAAGUUCAGACUUUUCGUAAUCCCGUUGCUUUUCCAGCGUGUGCCUGGCAUGAAACCAUGCCAUUCGUGGGUACUAGAUGGUCCAUCACUUGCUACACGUUGCCCCAUGUGCCAGCGGGUACAUUAGCCAAUCUUGGUUUUCCGGAGGUAUCUCCGGAGCAACUUCCUCGUGUAUCGCAGUCACAGGAGUCAGCUGCCGCAUCCGCGGUUCAUGCCAAUGAGCCAAUCUCAGCCCUGCCACCGGUGGUGGCCACACAGCGGCACCCUCUUUUCUUCUUGGAUCUUUUCGCCGGUGCAGGUGCACCACUCUGUCAGGAGGCCGCACGUCGGGGUUGGGCGUGUAUUCCCAUAGAUAUUCUACAUAACAAGGCAUCAGACUUACGUGAUGAUCGCAUCUUCGAUGGCCUCUUGAAGCUUUCCCACUCAGGUGCAGUAGCGUUUGCAAACGCAUCCCCUCCUUGCUGCGAAUACAGCAUUGUGAAGCAGUUUGAUGGCGGACCGCCACCCUGCCGAUCAUGGGAAUGCUUGGCAGGCUUUCCCUCCAACAAUGAAGCAGCCCAGGAGCGUGUUCGAUCCAGCCACCUUCUGUUAUCUCGGGCAGUCAUGCUCUUGCACGCUGUAUAUCAGAGUGGCAAUCACGUAAGCUUAGAACAACCCCGUAACUCUAUGGCUUGGGCUGAGCCCGUGACUCAGGCUUUCCUUCUGGAAAUUGCGGCGGAUGUGAUUCAGGUUGCAGCCUGCAGUUACGGUUCGAGCUAUGCAAAGUACUGGGCCUUCGCCACAAGUUGGCGACCUUUGCAGCAAUUGCAAAGUACUUGCCAGCACGAUGCGGGUCAUCAUGAUGCGUUUCACGGUAAACGUGACGCCGCAGGCCAGUUCGUGUCUCGGCAUACGGCGGUGUUCCCUCCCAUGCUGUGCAAUGCGUUCAUGGAGGCCAUUAGCCCGUUAUUCCCAGAGAACUCACAUGCUACUGACUUCACGUCCUUGGAUCAGGCACUUUCUGCAUUGCCAAUUCGCCCCUUGAACGAUUUCCCGACUGGCCAGCAGGAUGGUGGCGGCAUUUACAGCCAGCCCGACUGGACUUCUCCUCCGGCGGGGUCGAAGGAUACUUUCCGCCAGUUGCGUCAAGAUAUGUGGGGGUUUUUCAAAGAGCAUAAACUUUUUGAUCGCCUUCGCAGACAUGUCAGCCAGUCAUCGCAAGAGCCUCUCAUUCAGCAGCAUGAGCUCCCUGCAUUGCGAUCGAUUUGGGAAGAUUGGUUUAGAGCCCAGGGCUUCACGGAUUCAGUUUCAUGGGAGGUCGCGCCCGACCAGCCUUACUGUCUUCAGGCACUUGAGCUUCUGAGCAAGGCUCUUGACGACCGUGAUGUGGAGCUUUGGAAGGACUUGCAGGCUGGGGUGCCAACGGGUGUUGAUGGUGACAUUUCUAUGAGCAACUGUUUCUUGCCUACCCCAGCGCAUUUCGAUCCAGAAGAUUUUGAUGUGGCCAAACUUUUGCAAAGCCUGAUGCAAGUGCUCCGGUCCGACCCUUGCACCAAGCGGGAUUUGCAGGCUCUCAUCGGUCUCCUUCACUGGAUACUACAGAUGUCGCCAGAGUUGCUACCGUGGCUGUGCUGCUUGUACCACGACAUGUCUCGUCCCUUGGGCACAAAUUUUUCUUUGCAUGCAGGCGCCUGGCAACAGCUAGCAGAUACCUUGACGGAUGACUUGCAUUUCCGCAAAUCGCCACCAGGGUCGACCAUUCCCCCGGGCAGCAAGUUGUUGAGUGCUCGACAUGUGGAAAUCAAGUGCAAAGCAGACUUGCGCUUGGUGCGGGCCACAGGCAAACGUGUCUGGAUUCGUGUGGCGGAUGCAUCAUCUAGCAAGCGUCGAAUCAGCACGGUGAGCAGACAGUUCAUCAUGUUCUGGGUGCACUUUUGCAUGCGGCCUCAGAUGCCCCGCUGCUUGUCUUUGCCGCCUUUGGACUUUCAAUAUUCUUUAGCUGCUGACGCUUGUGCUAAGGGCAACGACAUUGGGAUUGGUGGAUGGGUUGAAUUGCCGAAUCAGCCCAUUGUUUGGUUUUCCGAAUGGUUUACGGUCCAAGAUUUCCGUGCGCUGGGAUUGCCCAUGAAAGAUGAUGCUAAUUUGGACAUUACAGCGUCUGAGACGCUGGCACAACUGGCUCUCCUGAUCGCUUUCAUUUCCAUCACUCCUACUGGGCGACUUCGGGUAUGCAUCCCAUCUUGGUCGGAUAAUUCGGGGACCGAGUCCUUGACGAACAAGCUGUUCACAGUACAUACACCGCUGUGUUUCUUUGCUCAGAAACUGGCUACGCGGAGUUGGCAGUCUGGAAUCUCUCUCGAUUGUACACACAUCGCGGGAUGUCACAAUGAUAGAGCUGAUUUCUUGAGCAGGUGGAAAGGCGACUUGCAGGAACUUCCUUCUCGGUUCAUCUCGGAUCACCGGGUUCGUUGCCCACUCACAGUCUUGUGGGAGGGCGAGCGAGAUGUUCGCAUUUUCCCGCCAGAUGCUAACUUGCUUUGGCAACCGCCUGUCUCGUCCUUCAAUGCACACAGCGUGUGA